AUGGCCAAAGGGACGAGUCCUCGCUCCCAAACUCUGGCGGCCAACAUUCUCCAAGCAAUCGGCGAAAUCCUUUGUCGCCAACCACGCGAAGAAGAUGCCCUAGCGGUACAGAAACUCAAAGCGCUCCAAGUCUUUCCCGUCGGGCUUGUUAUGCGCCCAUGGCAAUAUGCUGACAUUGAUGAGUCGCUUAAUUACAAGUUUCUUCCUUGCAAGUUUCGUGAUUGCAGCUUCCUUGAUUGCAGCUCGCCGUGGUACUUCGGUUCACCAGCAGUUCUGCGAUCAUUGGGUCAACAUCUACCUAUGCUCGCCGCUACCAGCAGCUUUUCCAACAUCAAAAACUUACUUGAUUGCUUGGACCUUCGAGAAAAGUAUAACCUUCCUGCCAUUUGCUCCCCCGGACACGACGGGGGUUUCGGCGGCGGAGCAGCGCAUUCAGAGACAGCUUCCAAGAAGAUCAACGCGGAGAUCGAAAGAUUUUCAUCGCAUGCUAUGACCGUAAGGGUUUGGGAAGUGGACCAUUUGGAGUGCCAAAUGUUGACCCACGAUGUCAUAGGCGAGGCGUACUACGAUAUCUACAUGACGGAGCCUGUACACAUGCACACGCUCGACAUGUUCAUACCCAGGGGCUCAACUAUCGGCCUGACUGUCAUUGUGAACCUUCUUCGAGCUCAUGGUGCCAGCAUGCAUGGCAACAUGCCAUGCUUUUUUCUGGACUUCUUGAAAUCGCAUUCAAUCGAGGCUCCUGACGUGGUGUUCCCUCGGGAUUCUGGACCGUUUUCAGGUCAUAGCAUGAGGUUGAUCAAUGCCGCGGGACGGAAGAAGGGAGACCCAGCACCGGUACUACCAUUGUCUGGAUAA